AUGCCCCAGCAAGCGCAAGAAUUCAAUCCCAAUCUGUAUUCGGUAGCCUACGGCAUGCCUUCUCAACCACUAUUUCCCGUAGGAAUUUUCGGUACGACAACAUCACGUGUCCGGAGUCAUCCUUUUCAAUCUUUCUCAGCAAAUGCGCUUCCAGUAUUCACCAAUCAACGUGAAUACAUAGGCUAUGUAGCGGAACUCAAAAAAGAUGCCGACGCUAUUAACGAUACAGUACUGACGCAACCAAGUGCUUCGGUGGUGGAUGUGAACCCGUUUUUGCCCGAGUUUUUACAAGGAACUCCUAGGGAAGUGCAAAAAAAGUUUCGAGAAAUUGUUUCGAAUCCAGAUGAAAGUUUUCAACAGAAGCAAACCAAGCUAGAUCAGUUGGUUGCACAUUUAGAUAUUGAGAAUCAGGAACAAUACAACCAGUAUCGAAAAAUCAAGGAAGUAGAAGAGCGAGAAAAGCGCCAGAGGGUCCACGCGAUUGUUGCCAACAUGUCCAGGAAUGCACAAGCCGUCUUCUCUAAGGUAGCCACUGAAAUUUUAUUGGCACUUGGUUCUAGCAAUUUUAUGUGCACAUAUAUGAAUGUAUAUAAAUGUGUGUAG